AUGGCACCACUGGUGCAAGGUCUAGUUGCACGAGGUGGCCACGGGGCCGGCGACGACACGACAAUGUCGAUGGAGGAGGCCAAGUUGAUUUUCACCAAAGGUGAACUGAAGGAGGUUAGUGAGGAGGUUGCUAAGUACAAGUUCACUUUCAUUGGCUUUCUCAUACCUAACACUUGCUGCUGCACCACACUAUUUGUCAAUGCCUACAAGAAUGUUCUUGCUGUUGUAGUUAAGAUAGAUUUUUCUUUCCUUGAGGUAGACAAGAUCAAGCAGUAUCUAAAGGAUCCAAGUAAAUUUGUUGUUGUUGUUGUUGUUGUUGUUGUUGCUGCUGCUCUUGCUACUGAGUUUGGUGCUCCCACUACAACCAAGGAAAAGGAAAAGAAGGAAGAACUAGGUGAAGAAUCAAAUGAUGACAUAACUCAUCCCCUUGGGAACUAG